AUGAAGUUUGUGAACAUUCUUAUUUCGGCCGUGUGCGCCAUCGCUUCGGCACCUGCCGUAAUGGCAGCAAACUCUUUUGCCGGGUCCAAUCUUUAUUAUGCUGCUGGAUUGACUCCUGACCAGCAGACCACCCUGUUCACGGGUCUGAAGAGUGCUGGUGUCAAAGUUCUCCGUGUUUGGCUCGACGGCCAAUCUGGAAAACCCAAGAAUACUCCCAUCAACCCGUUCAAUGGUUUGGAGGGAGGUAGCCCGGGAAGCUGGGAUGACACCGUUCUUAAACGCCUUGACGACUUCAUGGCCAACGCGCAUACAUACGGAAUCAAGCUUCUCAUCUCCAUCCACAGCUACAAUGCUCUUUCUGCCAAUGCCGACUUCUACGGUAAGUGGUACGGUACGGGAGACUUUUACACCAACGGCGAUGCGAUCAAUUACUUCAAGAACCGCAUUGCACAUGUCUUGGCCCACGUGAAUCCUCACAAUGGCAAGCCCUGGAGCCAGAGCUCCGAGUAUAUCUUUGCAUUUGAGGCACAGAAUGAGGCCAUGCACGAUCAGGCGAACCCGUCAGCUCUUCAAUCUUGGCAAUGCACAAUGGCUCAAGCUAUCAAGGACAACUUAAAGGGUAACAAAGAUAUCCUCGUUACUACCGGUGGUGGUGCCUGGCUCGCCAACUCUCUUCUCGACGGAUACUUCAAGUGCGCACCACUCGAUGUUUUGGCCAUCCAUGCAUACGGAACAGGCGACUUUUCUACCUCGUCACUGAAGCCAUACGUUCAGAAGGCGCAAUCUGCUGGCAAGAAGCUCAUCAUGCAGGAAUGGGGUGCGUGUUACACCACUGCCUCCAACAACAACUGCAAUGGAGGAAGUCCCUUGGCCACUGGUACCCGUGACAACAACAUUAAGAACUGGGCUGGUAGCAUUACCGCCGCCGGAAUUCCGUGGAUGUACUGGCAGAUCUUGCCUAAUGAGGAUCCUCAUCAGGAUUGGGACUACGAAGUCGGUAUUAACGGGAAGAAUUGGGAGGCUUUGAAGGCGGCCGGCCUGGCUGCUGGACAAGCUUCUGCUGCUUUUGACUUUUCUCAUUACCUUCUUUAG